UAUAUAUAAACCACCAUGUCUCAACACAAGUGCAUGCCCAAUUCAACAGAAUCAUCUUCUUCCCAACUUGGAAAAAUGAACAGCGUUCAAACACAAGACCAAAAGCACCCAUCGAAAUUUCACAACAACAAGAGGCUAAAUCAAGACCAAGUGAUGCUGCUGGAGAGGAGUUUCACCGUCCACAAGAAGCUCGACCCCGAGCUGAAGCUGAAGCUGGCGAACCAGCUGGGUGUGCCGCCGCGACAGGUGGCGAUUUGGUAUCAGAACAAGCGGGCGAGGUGGAAGACGCAGAACUUGGAGCUGGAUUACAACACGGUUCAAGUUAAGCUCGAGAACGCGUUGGCGGAAAAGAGAAGGCUCGAAAAAGAUGUGAAGCAGCUUAAAGAAGAGCUGAAUCAUGCUCAGGAGAUACUGUUUGCGAAUUUGACCCAGAGAAAUUACCCUUUUAGUUCUCGUGAUUCUUCUAACAAUGGCUCUUGCAGUGAAAAUAUAGAUGGUGAUAAUCAUCAUCAUCAUCAUCAUCAUUAUCUUCAGGCUAUGGAAGUCGAUGAGCUUUAUGGUUGCAUGAUUGGUGGCGGCUGUAGAUCAGCUUGGGAUUGACGUAACUCAUGAUGUAGCCAUGCCAUUAAUUAUGCAUAUAGUAGUUAGCUUCUUCUGAAAUGUGAAAUUAGUUGUUUAAUUACAAUGAUUUAAUUACUAUUUGAGCAAAUUAGUGUACCUAAGCGUUAGCAAAAACAGUAAAGUUGUAAGAGUCCCAGAAGGGGGGUUUGAGUUUGAAUUAUAUUGAUCCCAUGAUCUUGAAUUACCA